UUGCCACGUGACAGAGGAAGAGACGCAGACCCAUUACACAAUAAUAAAAAUAUGCCUUUGGCAAUGUUGAGCCAAAACCUGGAGCUGCUGCAAGAAGCUAGCAUUCUGCACAAAAAGGAGUAAAGCGUUAAUAAGAAAGAAAGACCAAAGUCAGUAUUGCACACCCCUCGGAAGGACACUGCUGUGGCAGGACAGGGCUUGGGCUCCACAUGUGACAGCAAUCUGCAGCAAAACAUCUGCUUAGAAUCGUGUCGGUUCCCAGCGCCUGUCAAGAUCUCACUGAAGAGAUUAGUCCUGAGCCUGUGCCAUGAUCUCCGCUGUCCUCCUCCUCUGGACUGUGCCCUGUGUGGCCAACCACAUCCUUGGGGGCUUUGCCAAGGGAGGGCUGCAGGAGGGUCCCCAGCUGGCGUGCAGCCUGCCAGGACCCCCUGGGCCACCCGGCCCGCCCGGUGCACCCGGGGCUCCGGGGACAGUCGGCAGGAUGGGCUUCCCGGGCAAAGAUGGCAAGGAUGGCAAGGACGGGGACAAAGGCGAGCACGGCGAUGAAGGUCCACAAGGCAGAACAGGAAACCCCGGCAAGCCAGGACCGAAGGGGAAAGCAGGAGCUAUUGGCAAGGCAGGCCCACGAGGGCCCAAGGGUUUAAAGGGUAAUCCUGGAAAAAACGGGGCACCAGGAAAAAAAGGACCCAAAGGAAACAAGGGCGAGACUGGGAUGCCAGGACCCUGCACCUGUAAUACCAACAAAGCCAAAUCUGCCUUCUCUGUGGCAGUCUCAAAGAGUUACCCAAGGGAAAGGCUGCCCAUCAAAUUUGACAGGAUCCUGAUGAACGAGGGAGGACAUUACAAUGCUUCCAGCGGGAAAUUUAUAUGCAGCAUCCCAGGUAUUUACUACUUCACUUAUGAUAUCACUUUGGCCAACAAACAUUUGGCCAUUGGCUUGGUCCACAACGGGCAAUACCGGAUCAAGACUUUUGAUGCCAACACUGGGAACCACGACGUUGCCUCUGGAUCAACCAUCCUUUCUUUGAAGCAGGAGGAUGAGGUCUGGCUGCAGAUCUUUUACUCAGAACAAAAUGGGCUCUUUUAUGAUCCCUACUGGACAGACAGCUUAUUUACUGGCUUCCUGAUAUAUCCUGAUCAAGAUUAUCUCAAUGAAAUAUAGGAUGAGAAACUAGCCUGUGGGAAAACCAGGAAAUGCAUGAGACCUCGGUCCAGGAAAGUGUAGCCUGUACAUGGACAUGUGUGGGAUUAUCAUACAAUUCUACAUUUUUGGUGCUAACAGCCUGUACUGGCUAUUUAGAUAUUUACUUGAUGUCAUCAACUAGUCCACAGGGUACCAGGACCAGUAGGACUCACCUUUAAACAGCCCAUGAAUCUCUAAGUCUCAAAGCCACCCAUUACUUUUCCUUGAAUACUCCAAUAUGCCAUGGACAUGUAGCUCAAAUACUGGUGCAGAAUGCUUUGAUUAUUAUAUUAUUAUUGAGCAUGGAAAAUAACAACCAUUUCCUGAAAGCUGAGCUCAGAAGUGACACUGGUGCUGGAGACUGUAUCACUGCGCCUCCUCCCCCUACACCCCAUAAUAGUAAUAAUUCUUGUUAAUGCAGAGUUACACUUUACCAGCUGCCUAAGAGUCAGGAAGAUGUCAGCUAAAGUUAUAACAUUAAGAGUGGUGCUCAGCCUCCUCAAAGCAGUACUAAUAAGCAAAGGCCUCCGGUCUAAAUAGGAAAUGAUGCAAAAAAGCGAUCUCAUUUUUAAGGCUAAAGGUAAGACUUGUUGUAAAUCACAAGCUGUUGCACUGAGCAUCACUGGCAUUUCCCAGAUUUCAGCCUUGCUAUGCCAGCGCUGGAGUCCUGCAUCUGGUUUCAGACAAGUGUCAGUAAGCCAUGACCAGAGCCUAAACUGGAUUGUGCAAGCCAAAUACCUGCGGGCCACCAAGCCAUGGUAGAGAUUGAGCUUUACAGAUAAGACUCAAUUGUCAAAGACAGCAUGAACCUUCACUCCAGAAACAGAUUCAUUAAUAACCCCCCUUCCUUCAUCCCAACCAGCUUUUGCUGGAAGGACUUACUUGUGGUGCUGCUGAGAUCGUCCUCAAGGGCUAAUGUUACAGCUAGACCCUAUCUUACUGCUGUUUUGCUUUUUUGAUGUUGUAUGUCAAAUAUUACAGAUACUCCAAAAUCAAUGGUUUUGUUUUAAACUGUAUGGAAAAAAAACACAGGAAAGGCAAAAGUUUAACUUUUGCUCAGCUGAGCUUUUUGCUUUUGCCAAGCUGACCUUAGCAAUUUUUUUUUCCUCUUCUGUAUCAGUUAAUACAGGUGUAUGCUCCAAAAUGGUUCACUAUUACCAGAGCAAAGAGUUCUCCUGCUAUAAAGCCGCUCAGCCUGGCUGCCAUGCCCCGGGGUGUCCAACAGACACAGAGGGCUCUGUCUCAUCAGCCAGCUGGAGGGAGUCUUUUCCUCACUAUCAGAUGCAUCUUCUUGGUUUCCAGUCAUAUUUAUCAUCUUCUUUGUCACUUGGUGCAAACUUUCACAAACUUCCUGCUCCUCUAAUCCUCAUACGUAGUAAUUGAAGGGAUAUCCCAUAAGAACAAAGAUUUUUUUUUUUAUCUUACUUUUACAAGUCAAAUAACUUGCAUGAUUUUCAAGAACUACAGUAAUUGUGUUAUAACUUGCAAAGUCUUUUCAAGUACAUUUUGUAAAAUAAAGCUGAACA